ACAGCAAAGGCUAACAAUUAUCACUUGGUGUACAAAGCUGCAGUUGGAAAGUAGCUAAAGAUGGCAUCUUUAAACUUGAAGAAACUACAACAAACCAUUUUCAUUAUAAUGUUGGUAAAAAUACAUUUGAGUCAGUCAGCAGUACCUGGCCUACAAACAACAACUUAUGAUGGCAUACCACCCAAUUGGUUUGCUAACGUUGAUGCUGCCCCUUUUGUACGACUGGGUUCUAAAUACUAUUAUUUUGAGACUCGCAGCAAGGCUAAUUGGUAUGAUGCCGCCCAUAAUUGUCGCACCAUGAAAGCUAAUUUGGUCACCUAUGAGAAUAGUGCAGAAUUUGAUGCUGUCAAUGACUACAUACGUCGCCAGCAAUACGAUGCCGGUAACUAUUAUUGGACGGCAUCUAAUGAUCUGGGUACUGAGGGCAAAUUCUUUUCAAUUGGCACUGGACUUCCCAUGACAUUUGAUCGCUUUACUCAAGGUAAUCCGGAUAAUAGUUUUGGUAACGAGAAUUGCGUUCAUUCCUGGUUCCAUCAAGGACAAUAUUCAAUGAAUGAUUUGGAUUGUAAGAAGGAAUGUAAUUAUGUUUGUCAAGCGGAAAAUCCUAAAACUAUUGCAUUUACUGUUUGGUAAAUUUUGUUGUGGAAAAAUGCAUCUUUUAAUACAUAUUAGCAUAUUGUAGUUAAUUGUAUGUAAAAUUUGUAAUAACUAAUUUUCAAUAAAGUGAAAUUGAGAAAUU